UGCUCUUUCAGAUCACACAAAGAGAAGAAAAAAAAUUAGACAAAAGAUAGAGAGAGAGAGAGAGAGGUAUUAUGGAAAUUUCUUUGCAUAAAUCUGUUCUUGGAGAGGAGAGCAAGCCUUCUGAAUCUAACGGCGACGAAGAAAGUUGUGUCGAAGAGAUUGUUCUUCAUCAGUUUGGUGCUGGAAAAGGAGCUCAGGAUAAUGAAAAUCAGAAGGAUUCUAAUUGUAGCAACCAGGGGUUGGUUGUAACAAACAUGGAAAGACCAUCUCCUGAGUCUGAAUCCAGAUCAUCUUCAUCUACUAAAAAGGACCAGUUGGAUGAACAACUUGGAUCAACCAAAGCAGAAAUGGAUGAAGUGAUGGAAGAGAAUCAACGGCUUAAGAUGUAUUUAGAUCGAAUUCUCCAAGAUUACCGAACCCUACAAAUGCAAUACAGAGACGUGGUACAGCGAGAGGCAACGACGAAAUCUCCUCAUCGAAGCGAUCAUGAUCUCAUAGGAGCACCGGCUGAUCAUGAGGUCAUUGAUCUCAACUUAGCAAUGAGCUCCAUCGAUAGAAAAGGCGAACCGCGUAAAACACCAAAAAUCAACGAUAAUGAAAUUGGAGACGAUAAGCAAGGGUUGUCGCUAGGACUUGAUUGCAAAUUCGGCUUGCCUGAGAAAUCCCCGGUCAUUGAAAAUAGCGUGGAAGAAGUGAAGGAGGAAGCCGGGGAGACGUGGCCGCCUAAAGGUGUUAAGAAUGGGAGAGAUGGUGGUGGAGAAGAUGAGAUUUCACAACAAAACCCUACUAAACGAGCUAGGGUUUCUGUGAGGGUUAGAUGUGACACACCAACGAUGAAUGAUGGUUGUCAAUGGAGGAAGUAUGGACAAAAGAUUUCCAAGGGGAAUCCAUGCCCUCGCGCAUACUAUCGUUGCACAGUGGCACCAUCCUGUCCUGUUAGAAAACAGGUACAAAGGUGCGCAGAGGAUAUGUCGAUCCUCAUCACAACAUACGAAGGCACUCACAACCAUCCACUCCCGAUCUCGGCCACCGCCAUGGCCUCCACCACUUCUGCCGCGGCAUCAAUGCUCAUGUCCGGCUCCUCAACCUCAGGAACCGGGCCGAGCUCCUCCUCCUCCAUCACCACCGCGGCCAACCUCCACGGCCUAAACUUCUACCUCUCUGACAAUUCAAGAACGAAGCCGGCCUUCUACCUCCCAAACCCCUCAAUCUCCCCCUCAUAUCCCACCAUCACCCUCGACCUCACCUCCUCGUCCUCCUCCUCCGCCUCGCCCCAUCUAAACCGCCUAGGCAGCAGUGUCAACAACAACAACUUCGUUCCACGAUACUCGACCACAAACCUCAACUUCAGCUCCUUAGAAUCAUCCAAUUACAACAAUGCAACUCUAAACUAUGGCCAACAACAACAAAUCAACAGAAACCAAAAUUCAGCUUCUCUGAGCUUCGGCUCACAACCCUACGAAACCCUAUACCAAUCCUACUUGCAGAGAACUAUGUCAAACCCAAACCCUAACCCUAAUCAACAGAAUUUAGGGCCAGACACCAUUGCAGCUGCAACAAAGGCAAUUACAUCGGACCCUAGCUUCCAAACUGUCCUAGCCGCCGCUCUAACCUCCAUCAUCGGCGGCAACCACAACGCAGCCGAGAAAUCGAGCGGCUGUGAUGCUUUCCCGAUUCUAUCUAGCUUCCCGCCAACUUCAAAUUCGAACAAAUGCGCACCGAAUUUUAUGAACAAGUCUUCGUCCUCGUCGAGCUCUCAGCAGCCUGGUUUGACGCUGAUUUCGCCUCCGUUUCCGUUUUCGAGCUCGAAUAAGAGUAAGUCUAACUCACCGGCUGAUCACAGGGAUCACGUAUAGUGUUAUUUUUCGUUUUUUUCGGAUUUUAGAUGAUAUUUUUGUUCAUUUUGGGUGGCGGAGUUUGGUCAUGAUGCAAAUUGUGAAUGGAUUUAGUCUUUUUUGUCGAUUUUUUUGUGAAUGAAUGAUGUAAGGCGAAGAAAAUUGUGGAUAUAGAUGGUGAUUGCUGGUAAAGAUACAGUUCAAUAAGUAUUAUCAGCUUUAAUUGUU